UUACAACAUUCAUGGCCGUCAUCUCAACAGGUCUGUGUUAUGAUCGCAAAUGUGUCGUUAUCUAGCACUGUAGUAUUACAUUGGCUUAGAUAGAUGUGUUGUUGUGACCCAUUGAUGAUGAGAACACACUGACAAAAACCAAGUAGGUUUGGAAACAGUAAAGUCAUGACACAAAAUCACAAGAUGGACGACCUUUCAAGGGUAAUGACAGCCAACUGUGCUAAGACUUUCGUCCAGAGAGAUUUCAGUGACGGCACUUCCAUCAAAUUCCUCACAAAGUUUCCUCCGGAGUUGGAUGGCAAAAUUGAAUCAGAACAGUUUGUGAGAACUGUCACACAAUUGAACUCAAUGUUUUUGGAAGCAGAGAGUCUUGGUAGUAGAAACUACUGUGAAAGUUGCUUAGCCUGUUUAACAGCAUAUAUGUCAUAUAUUUGCUUUGAUACUCAUUAUGAAAAGAUGUUGAAAAAGAUUAAGAAAUUUGUAGAAGAACAGAACCAGACUAUUUAUCUACCAAGAGGAUUGUUACUUGUGGAUCCAGUGGAGAGAGGCCUGCGUGUCCUUGAAAUAUGUGUAUUAAAUGAAAGCAAUGGUAGAGGAUGAAAACUGAAAAUUCAGCAUCAAUGGAAGGAAAAUUGUUUUGUUUCAAAGUCCUUGAAAGAGAAGAUAAUUGUGACGCAUAUAUAUACAACAACACUGCAGUAGUAGUGAUGGAACUCUAGAACAAGACGUUUCUCUUCUCCCAGACUAAAGUAAAGUGUAGAUUUCUAGAGAUAUAAUCACCCUUAAGUUUCUGUAAAAUCAAACUCAUGCUGAACAUCAGUCAUCUUCAAAUUACAUGUUAGUUUAGAAUGGGGGGUGAUUUAGAAAUGGAGACAGUGGUAUUAUCUGGUAUACAUGUAUAACUAUAUACUGGUUUUCUGAGUACAAAUGAAACAAAAUUGUAUACACCCAGUGAUUAAAAACAGUUGAAGAAAUACAUAAUUUAGUUUUGUCAAACCUGAAAAUUAAAAAAAAAAUGACUUCUGCUAAUUGUCCAUUAAUACAAUAUUGAAAGUGAAAAUGAUGUUCUACAUAUUUUCCCUUAGUUGGCUAGAUGUUAAUGCUUGUACCAGAUAUACAAUUAUGAGGUAUUUGAAAAUUGCAUGGAAAACCAUGGUCAACCAUAUGAACGAGCUAAGUUCAUAAUUAAUUUUCUAGAGAAUCUGAACAUCCAGAGAAAACUUUAUCUGAACCUUAGCUCUUUUUUGUAAGACCAAGGUUUCAAAAUAUUUCUAUGAGACAAUAUACAUUUAAGAAGAUUGCGAUUUGAUUAAAAUGAUUGUAAGCAAAUUAGUUGGUAAUUGACUUCCUAGUGCUCAUGACAUAUAUGAUAAUCCAGACUAAAUAAUGCUACCUGGAGGAGUUCUGGCAAUAUUUAAUAACAUCUCAUGAUUUACCAAUAAUAGAGAUUUAGGAGAAUCAUCAUUCAAAUCCUAAAACAUUUGAAGCUCUCAUCAUUUUUCUUCCACUAUGUUUGAUUAGUGGACAAGAAAUGCAUUUUUUUAUCUAACAUUCUCAUUUAUAGAAAGAUACUAGAUAGAGUGUAAUACAAAAUAUUUUGUAUAUAAAACCAAAACUUCUCAACCAAUAAGAAGUAUGUAUUGUUCAUUGUGUUUUGCAUCUCUGUAAGUUUUACCCUGUUAUACAGCUGAAAGAAGUUGUUUACUCUUGGUAAAAAUUGAAAUAUCUUCUCAAAUUGUAUGUGACCAUGACUUAACUUAAUCCAUGCAGAUAAAAGCCAUCACUUCAUUCCAUAUACCUAUAUUAAUGUGAUUCCAUUUCAUUAAAAUGCAGUUUUGGCAUUAAUGGGUGUAACCAUGUGGAUAUUGUACAGGUAGAAACUGGCAAGAUGUAUGGUAACUCGCCACUCAUAACAAAAAUAACAACACAUGUACUAUUUACAUCUCAUUUUGUGUACUUUAUUUGUGCUGUACAUUUGAUAGGAUUUAUUAUGUUAUAAAAAAAAGUGACACCAAAUCUCCUAACGUGUAAUUAUGAAGUGAAAAGAAACAAUCAUGUUUUAAAAGUAUGUAGUUAUCUAGGUAUAUCUAUAAGAUUCAUUGAAACAAAUAUGUUUACCAGUGCAUUAUUGUAUUUGUCAAAUUGUUUUAUUAUGUGAUAGAAAAACAAUUAAAAUUUGUGAUAUGAUGCUUAUUGUAUGUGCGAUAUUGAUAUUGAGAACUUAUGUUACUGCUUAUACUGUUCUUUUGUCAUCAUUUUAAAGGGAGACAAUUCACUGCAAAGGUUCCACUUCCACUACAUUAUAUUUACCGCAGAGGAUCAAUUUGUAUAUGUUCAUCAUUAUUGUAUGAAUUCUUAAAGUCAGGAAAUGUUGAAAACAUAUUGCUGAUAUUUAGUUCUUCAGAGAUUCUAGGUGGAAAUGUCUGUUGUGUGUGACAGAAGGGGUACAAGCUCAAUUGAUUUCUUCUCUACUAAUUAGGGAAAUCAUUAUUACAAAAAAAUAUAUGUAGAUGUAUUAUAAUAGUCUUCAAGACAGGUUUAUAAUAUUCCCACCUCGAAUAGGCCUACUAAUUAACAUAAAGGCACAUGUUAUUAACUACUAAGUUAUGACAGACUGACUAUGUUUUCUGUAAACAUAUAUACUGGUUAAAAAGUCUCAAUAUUCGGCACAAAACCUAGUUGUUACUUCGAUAUUGUAAUUAUAUUCUUUGAAAUACAUUUGAUCCAAAUAAUAAAUUUUGAUUCUGUGAAAUACAAUUAUUGCUUGCAUAUUAAUCAGGACUAAGAUGUUGCACUUGCUGGGAGUUCAGACAUUUUAUGAGUAUUUGAAGCACAUAACUGUAUACUGACUUGCAAAUUUCGAAUUUGCUGAUGUGUAUUGUACUUGUGUUAUGUUGUUGACACUGCCCUUGUGAUAAGAAUUAAUGGAGAUUUUAAAGAAGUAAUCGUGUACAAAUUUGUACUGAAUUGUAAUGACUUAGGUUUCAAAGUAAUGAUUCAUUGAUUACCAGUACUAAAAAUUAUCUUAUCAUGUAAUCACUUAAAAUUAUCAAUUCUAACAGCAAAUAAUCACCAGAAAAUAUAAACAGAGCAAGCACAUGAUUUAAGAAUUUGUCAAUGCCAAAAGCCAAAUAAAAACAAAAUUGUUGUCAAUGUCAGAACCAUAUGGUCAUUUUGUCUGUAAUCAAAGCUUACAAGAUAUACAGGUUUGUUCAGGGAUUACACAGUACACAUUCAUUUGUAAUUUAUCAUUCCAGGAACAUAAUUUUGGCUCUAUUUAUUGUUUAUGGAUACAUGACUACCCUGUUUUUAGUCAACACUCGGUAGAAUUGUGCUUUAGCCUGAAGGUUCCCAGUGUUCAAUACACAGCCAUCACAACCAAAUUGUGUCAUAUGCACUGUGAUGACACAGGGCAAAGCAGUGUUUUUUGAGCAUUAUACACAGGUAGUAUAUUUCAUGUCGGUCGGAGUGAAGGGUGUUUUUAUAUAUUACUGCAUUUAAAAACAAAAAACCAUUUUGUUUCAUUCUUGACUAAAGAAACUCCCAAAUAUGAAAGAAAAAUGUUCCAAUAAAUGCUUUUCAUAUGCAAUGGAAAUUAAGGGAAUAUUGUAUAUAACUGUUGUUUUUAUUUUUUACAAGAUUUAUUAAUGAAAAUAAUUUCAAACUUUCCUUUAGAUAGGAAACCAAUUAAGGAUUGAUUUCAACAUUACCAAAAUUAAUUUGAAAACAUUCAGCUGAUUUUGUAAAAUAAAUAUGAAAGUGUUGUAUGCACUGUAUAACAGGGUAGCCAUGUAAUAUAUGUUAUUGUCUUGCUGGUAUUGGUCAGACUAGUUGUUAUGUUAUUGGUGGUUGGAUGACACAGCAUUCUAACCUAUCAGAGUUACCUCCCUUGGGCCAUUGCGGGACGAGAAUGGUGGCACAGUGGUAACAAACGGGCCUUCCACCUAGACGACCUUUGUUAGGGCCAGCUGUUCUACAUGUAGUUUAUAUCCUGGUAUUCCUGUAUCCUCCCACAGUAAGACAUCCUCACGUGCUUUUACCUUGGCCAAUAAGAGUGGUGAAUUGAAUUGAUAUAAUUAGUAUUUUUUGGUAAAAUGAAUAAAGUGUACUAUGAAUUAUUAAGUGUAAAAGCAUCACGUAAUUUGGCAUAUCCCUGGUGUAUCUCAACAUACAUUCUAACCAAUAUCAACAAGAUCUUGUGAACUGUUUGGCUGACAUAUUAUCAUUAUUGAUUUACACAGUGAUGCCUUGCUACUAGAUAUGUAACGCUUGGCAUAAUUCAUUUCCUAACUCUUGUGAUUAUUUUUGAUUAUAAAAUGUUGACCAUUUGUGAUUAAUUUGUCAUGUUUGGGAUUUUUUAACUUCUUUAAAUGAUAUAUGAUUCUUAUUUCAGUUGAUAAGACAUAUAUUUGGUUUUUAAAACCACAACAAAAAAAUGUUGAAUUAAUAAGCUCAUUUUGGGGAGAAAAUACAAAAACGAAACAAACCUAUUGUUUGGUAAGUAAAUGUCCUCUUUUUAAGUUAAGCGAUCUGUUUGAAUAUUAAAUUGAUGUGAUACGAUCCAGAAACGUUCUGUAAGCUAUUGUAUGUGGUAAAUGUCAUGUUGACACGUACAUUACGAUUAACACCUUGUGAUUGGUACUAUUGAUCUAGGUCUCCCAUCCUUUUGUCCCAUUUAUGUGAUAUAAUAUACAUGUACCAUUGUAUUUAAUUUUGAUGUUGUUUUUGUAAUAUAAUAAUCGUGAGAUUAA